UCGAUAAAAGGUCCGCGGGCUCUAUGACCGGUAACAGAGUUAGGGUUUUGAGCGAUCACCUAAGUCCCUCGUCGUCGUCGCCCAUGGCGUCUUCCGAGAAGGACGCUGCCCUCGCUGCCGUCCCUUCCGACGGCCCAACCAUAUUUGACAAAAUUAUCAAGAAAGAAAUUCCAGCCACUGUGGUUUAUGAGGAUGAUAAGGCUCUUGCCUUCAGAGAUAUAAAUCCCCAAGCUUCGACCCAUAUCUUGAUCAUUCCAAAAGUUAAAGAUGGACUGACUGGACUUUCAAAGGCGGAGGAGAGACAUGUUGAGAUACUUGGCUAUCUCCUAUAUGUUGCCAAACUUGUGGCCAAGCAGGAAGGCCUCGAUGAUGGAUUUAGGACUGUCAUCAAUGAUGGACCUAAUGGAUGUCAAUCAGUUUACCAUCUUCACAUUCAUCUUCUGGGUGGAAGACAAAUGAAUUGGCCGCCAGGCUGAUUGAUCCAACCAUGCAGCUGCCUACUACUUUGUUAAGGAUUCGUUUGGGACGGUUUUUUUAUUGCUUCUUAAAGCAGCUUUUUAAUAUAAAUUUUUUAUUUUUAUAUUAAAAAGCUGUUUUAAGAAGCAGUAAAAAAGCCGUUACAAACGAAGCUCAACUCAGAAAUAAGUUGCUUGCUGAGUGUCUUUUUUAUAUUCAUGUGGCAAUUCAUGUGCCCACUAUAUAUGGUAACAGAAAACUAAGUUCCCCUCCUCUCUGUCAUGAACUUCUUGGAACUGGCAACAUGUCCUCUUCUUUACAAUAAAUUCUACUAUCUUCCUUUUAAUGGAAAUGCUGUUUUGACAUUUUAUUUUUCAUGUUAUGCAACAUAUAUAUUUAGUA